GAAACUACACGUAAUGGCCGGUAUCGCGUAUGUGUUUAUCGCCUUAAAAAGGUUCUUGGAGUUAAGUUUGGACUUUAUCAGAAGUGUUAGUCUGUGUUUGUAUCUUCCUUUCAAUUGUAGUUUUAUUUGUGUAUGGUUGAUACAUGUGUUUUGUUCAAAACCAAGAUACUUGUACGUUUCUUCUGGUCGUAGGGUGCAACAGAAGUUUUUAAAACGCUCUGCCGAAGACCACGACUCAGGAGUGCCCAACGAUGGUUUUGAACCACCGGUGAAGCUGCAAUGCACCACGCAACACGGUACCACCGCUCAUCAACCCGAGGGCCUCACUAAAUUCUCUGUCGAAAUUGUUCAACAGUUGGAAUUCACAACUUCCGCAGCUAAUUCUCAGCCCCAACAAAUAUCGACGAAUGUAACGGUGAAGGCUCUAACAAACGCCUCGGUGAAGAGUGAUGUAUCGUCGCCCAAAUCUUCUAAUCCUUCAACGCCCGCAUCAAAUAUAAGGCCAAGUUCGGGCGUUGGCAGUAGUGUAGAUAUCGGUACGUUAGUCGAGUGCGUAAAGCAAGAACCUGACAACGAUUUCGCGGAUUUAGACCAAUGUGCCGCGGCGUUAGAAAAAGAUGCCGCCGUUAACGGUGGCUCCGCGUUCGGUAGUUUCCCGGAUCUCAUCGGCGAGGAUCCUGACGAUGAAAUUAUAACAUCGGACGCCUUUAAGGAUCUCAUUUCCGAUAUUAGCAAUUAUCCAGAGUUUAUGAAAGACUUUGAUUUUGAUGAAAGCAAAACGGAAACGUGUUUAAUUAUCAACGGUUUGAAAGUAGAGGAAUCCAAAGAACUGACACAAAAUGUACUGGACCAUACCAAAAAUACCCAUAGUCCUCUAUUACAAAAUCAAAACUACUCCCCCCCGAUCUUCGAAGGUCAGGGGAACAUAUCCAAAAGUCGUAUGUCGUAUUCCAACAUCGAUUUUGGAAAGACUGAACUUAGUCCAGCCGCUCAAACCUUAAAGCAGAUGGCCGAACAGCACCAGCAUAAAAACCAAAUGGGCCUUUCAUUCAAUCCAAACACGAGGGUGCCGAAUCCCCGUUCACCGUAUCCCGACUUUCAAUUUCAAGGAGACUAUGGCAGUCCUACCUCAAAUUCUAGUUAUAAAAAUAGUCCGAGUUUUCAACCUGAAAUAAUUAAACAGGAAAUGAUAUAUCAGGGAAAUGAAUACGACAUGAAACGUAAAGGGGCGGGUAUGUACAAGCAACAGUAUUCACCUUACGGAAGUCCUAGCGCGAGUGGCCAUGGCAGUCCAGGUUAUCUUCCCAGGAAUAGCGGAGGAGGAGGGUCAACGCCCGGAAGCGGCGCAUUUGGUGGUGGAACGCCGCCGAGGCCAUCAUCAGGACCCGGUGGAAACGGAUCUGGCACAACGUUACAAAUAAACCAAGCACAGCAAUUGCAUAUCAGUCAGCAGGGACAAGGACAUUCAAUCCAGCAACAGAAGUUUUUAAAACGCUCUGCCGAAGACCACGACUCAGGAGUGCCCAACGAUGGUUUUGAACCACCGGUGAAGCUGCAAUGCACCACGCAACACGGUACCACCGCUCAUCAACCCGAGGGCCUCACUAAAUUCUCUGUCGAAAUUGUUCAACAGUUGGAAUUCACAACUUCCGCAGCUAAUUCUCAGCCCCAACAAAUAUCGACGAAUGUAACGGUGAAGGCUCUAACAAACGCCUCGGUGAAGAGUGAUGUAUCGUCGCCCAAAUCUUCUAAUCCUUCAACGCCCGCAUCAAAUAUAAGGCCAAGUUCGGGCGUUGGCAGUAGUGUAGAUAUCGGUACGUUAGUCGAGUGCGUAAAGCAAGAACCUGACAACGAUUUCGCGGAUUUAGACCAAUGUGCCGCGGCGUUAGAAAAAGAUGCCGCCGUUAACGGUGGCUCCGCGUUCGGUAGUUUCCCGGAUCUCAUCGGCGAGGAUCCUGACGAUGAAAUUAUAACAUCGGACGCCUUUAAGGAUCUCAUUUCCGAUAUUAGCAAUUAUCCAGAGUUUAUGAAAGACUUUGAUUUUGAUGAAAGCAAAACGGAAACGUGUUUAAUUAUCAACGGUUUGAAAGUAGAGGAAUCCAAAGAACUGACACAAAAUGUACUGGACCAUACCAAAAAUACCCAUAGUCCUCUAUUACAAAAUCAAAACUACUCCCCCCCGAUCUUCGAAGGUCAGGGGAACAUAUCCAAAAGUCGUAUGUCGUAUUCCAACAUCGAUUUUGGAAAGACUGAACUUAGUCCAGCCGCUCAAACCUUAAAGCAGAUGGCCGAACAGCACCAGCAUAAAAACCAAAUGGGCCUUUCAUUCAAUCCAAACACGAGGGUGCCGAAUCCCCGUUCACCGUAUCCCGACUUUCAAUUUCAAGGAGACUAUGGCAGUCCUACCUCAAAUUCUAGUUAUAAAAAUAGUCCGAGUUUUCAACCUGAAAUAAUUAAACAGGAAAUGAUAUAUCAGGGAAAUGAAUACGACAUGAAACGUAAAGGGGCGGGUAUGUACAAGCAACAGUAUUCACCUUACGGAAGUCCUAGCGCGAGUGGCCAUGGCAGUCCAGGUUAUCUUCCCAGGAAUAGCGGAGGAGGAGGGUCAACGCCCGGAAGCGGCGCAUUUGGUGGUGGAACGCCGCCGAGGCCAUCAUCAGGACCCGGUGGAAACGGAUCUGGCACAACGUUACAAAUAAACCAAGCACAGCAAUUGCAUAUCAGUCAGCAGGGACAAGGACAUUCAAUCCAGGUUGGUGGUUUUUCUUUAAUAACUAACAUUCAACAGUGUUUUCAAAUUCUUUAAAUAAUAUAAUAGUCA